UUUCUUGUAGAGAAACCUCCGGCGCCCUCACAGGUCCAGCUGAUUAGAGCUACAACCAACUCUUUCCAAGUGAAAUGGGAUGAAGUACCCACUGUUGAAGGAUAUCUUCUUCAAUUACAUGCUGACUCACCGGUGCCAUCAGCAGCUGGAACACCUGGCACUGGGGUUCCUGAGACAUCAGUGCUGAGUUCACAAGGUGGCUCUUCUCUACAUCAAAGUCCACAAUCGUUGCCUAGUGUCCCUUGCCCAGAAAUGAAGGUGGAUCAUCCCAGCCAAGCAAAUAAUGUCAUUCCUAAUAACGUCCAGCUUUCCCUUUCAUCCAACUCACUCUUAAAAAUGGAAGGAAAAGAAAAGGUUGCAGCACCCGAAAACAAGAUUACACAGGAGACAAUGAAAAACCAUGCAGAUCCAACAGCGUUCAAAGAAUCAAACGCCCCUUCUCUUUUGCCUGUUUGUACUUCAAGUCCUCAGACUUCAGCAAAUGUAGGUGAAUUACAUGACUUGGACAAACGAACUGUAAUUCCUGAUGCUUCUGUAUCCAGUACUGUCUCCAGCACACAAACUAUGGUAACCCAGCAGGCUGUUAAAACUGAAUCAUCAAGUACAAAUGGGGCAGUUGUUAAAGAUGAAACUUCACUAACAACAUUCAAUUCAAAAUCUGAAGCUGCUGAAACUGCUUAUUUCAUGCCUUCAACAAAGGUCAAUACUGGACAGGCAAAUGAUUCACAUUCCUCUAGAACUCCACAAAGACAGAUGGCAUCAGUGAAAUCAAGGGAACGACAGUGGUAUGAUGUUGGAAUUUUUAAGAACAGCAGUGCUGUGGUGAGCCAGUUCUACUUGCUGCCUGAGGAAACUCUGAAUGCCUCUAACAAGAUGGAAGAUGCAGAUGUGCCAGACUACAGGUUACUUAAGAAGCAGGAUCUUUUUCCGGGCACAGUCUACAGGUUCAGAGUUGCUGCAAUUAAUGGCUGUGGUGUUGGGCCUUUCAGUAAAGUGAGUGAAUUCAAGACAUGCAUUCCAGGUUUUCCUGGAGCUCCUUCAACAGUCAAAAUCACUAAGAGUGUAGACUGCAUUCAUCUUUCUUGGGAGCCUCCUGCUUCACCUUCUGGCAAUAUUUUAGAAUAUUCUGCCUACUUAGCAAUACGUUCCACACAGUUGCAGGAAAACCCAAAUCAGCUUGUAUUUAUGAGAAUAUAUUGUGGUCUCAAGACAUCUUGUGUAGUGACUGCUGCCCAGCUCUCAAACGCUCACGUCGAUUACACUUCCCGACCUGCUAUAGUGUUCAGGAUUUCUGCAAAGAAUGAGAGAGGCUAUGGACCGGCCACGCAGGUUCGAUGGCUUCAAGAUAUGAAAACGUCAAGCUCAAAGUAGAGGCAGCGUAACGCAUUUCAAGUUUCGAAUGUAGUGUUUAAUGUAACUCUUGUACUAUUUGUAAAUGCUACAAAUAUUUUAUUUUUGCAUUGUUUUUAUCUUAAAAGUAUAUAACCUUUUUUACGUUUGAAACAUCGGCGUUACAUAGCCUUGCUCAGGUCUGAGUACCAGAUAGGAAUGAUACUGAAGAUGCUGGGGUGGAGGACCAUACUCUAUCCAGCAGCUCUUUUUCAUAGUGAUAGUUAAAAUGUCAUUAAGUAUAUCAAUUUUCAAAUUAAAAAAAAAUAAAUUGGCAGUAGUAUUUGAGAUAGAGUUCCCCAUGAUUGCCACAGAUCUUGCAUAGAUCAUUCAGGAAGAUUUGGUACGUGAGAGAAUUCUGUUUGGUUUCAGUGUCUUACACCAAAUUCUUCCUUGUGGUGUCUGAGUACAAGGCAAAAUUUUCAGUUAUUAUAUAGUAACUUAAAACACAUAAAUAUUUUAAUAUAUACUUUUUUGUAAAAA